CGCUGUUCCCUUGCAGCCCCAGGAAAGAAGACUGAGCAUGCGCUAAUGGCAGCGUCUGCGCUUACUGUCAUGUGAUCUCCCAACGCGGAAAAGUUGGUCAUGUUGCCAGUGAGGGUGCUAAGGGCAGUACGCGGUUGCUUGGGAUACUGGCGUUAUCCGCCCUACUAUACUACCGAACUCCGAGCGGGCUCUUCUCUUUAUUCCUCUCGCACAGUUCCCUGUAAUGGCCGCCUCGAUUUCUCAUUGUCUGGUCUGCGCUGCUUUUCUGGUGGCUUGCCUUACUGGAAGGCAAAGAAGCAUGGGGGGGACCACAGUAAAUCAGGGAAUCUGACAGCCAGUGAUGAUUUUUGGGUGGAAGAGGAAGAUGAGGAGCUGGAUGAUUUGGACUUGUCUCCUCACACUGCCUCCCUUCUACAGGGAGCUCACAGGGUGUUUCUUGUACACCCGGACGUGAAGUGGGGGGCUAAAAAGCAGCAUCUUAGCUCGGCUGACUUGCAGGUUGCUGAAGCUGUUGCACUUAUUCACAGUCUUCCUAACUGGUCUGUGGUAAACACAUUAAUUAUGUCUACAAAAUCUCCUGAUAGCAAGCUCAUAUUUGGAAAAGGGAAUUUUCAGACGCUAACAGAUGUAAUUAAAGGACACCCUCAGAUCACUGCAGUUUUUUUGAACGUUGAAAGGCUUUCCUCUUUGACAGAGAAAGAAAUGGAAGAAGCCUGGGGGGUUAAGGUCUUUGAUAGAUAUACAGUUGUACUCAAUAUUUUCCGCUUUAAUGCCCACACAAAAGAAGCUAAACUGCAGAUUGCAUUGGCUGAACUUCCACUUCUAAGGUCUAAUCUGAAAAAUGAAACUGCUCACAUGGAUCAGCAAGGCGGAGGAUCAAGAUACAUUAUGGGCUCAGGUGAAACAUUUUUGGAGGUCCAACAAAGGUUGUUAAAGGAAAGAGAAAUCAAGAUUAAAAAUGCAUUAGAGAAAGUGAAGAAAAAAAGAAAUUUGCUGAGAACCCAGCGCCGGAGAAGGGAAUUUCCCAUCAUAUCUGUUCUCGGGUAUACAAAUAGUGGGAAAACAACCUUGAUUAAGGCUCUAACUGGUGAUGAAGGUCUUCAGCCACGUGACCAACUCUUUGCCACUCUUGAUGUUACAUCACAUGCAGGUUUACUUCCCUGUCGCAUGCCUGUCAUUUAUGUUGACACAAUUGGAUUUUUGUCACAACUUCCCCACAAUCUCAUUGAGUCCUUCUCUGCAACUCUAGAAGAUGUGGUCCAUUCGGAUUUAUUAAUCCAUGUGAGGGACAUCAGCCAUCCAGAAACCUUAAAGCAGAAGGCAAGUGUCUUGUCUGUUCUGAAGAAUCUCAGAUUGCCACAGCAACUCCUUGACACAAUGAUUGAAGUACAUAACAAAAUUGAUUUGGUUGACAUGCCUGAGAAUAUCGAUGCCAGUGUCCUGUCCGUGUCAGCUCUGCUUGGACAUGGCUUAGAGGACUUGAAACAGCAAGUAGAAACUGCAGUGAUGAAAAGCACAGGAAGAAAUGUUCUAACAAUCAAUGUGAAGCUUGAAAGUCCACAGUUAAGCUGGUUAUAUAAAGAGUCAUCAGUACAAGAAGUAAAGGUUUUGCCAGAAGACGGUACUGCUAGAGUGCGCGUAAUUAUAACUAAUUCUGCCUAUGGAAAAUAUAAGAAGCUGUUUUGUAAAUGAAGACUUUACAGUAAAGGGCCAUAUACACCUAAUUUCAGGCUGACAAAUAGCUGUAAGUGCUUUUGGAAAACAAGCAAAAUUGAAUAUUCAGGUAUGUGCAGGCUUUGCACUGAAUCAGUGCUACUGCCCAGUCUCUGUAUAAAACUACUCUUAUAUAUAAUUAUGCCUUUAAUUUAUUGCCAUUUGUUUGAAGAAUAAAGAGUUUUGUUAACCAGU